UUUGCUCAGCGUCUGAUCCCCUGCUCAAAUGUAAAACAAAUAUGAAGUUUGGACAGAAAAUAAACCAAAUCAAAGUUCAUCUGAUUGACAAUAUAAAAAGACUCUUUCUCCAACCAGCCUGUGUUAGCUGGGACAAACUGAGCUGCAGCCAGAAAAAGGUUCAUGAUGCGUGCACUCGGGGUUCUCUGGGUCUUAUUAGCAGCGGUCUGCGUAGGAAGGAGCGAUCAUCACAUCGGACACGGUGUGGAAGCACGAGACAACGCUGCAGACGACAGUGACAACAACCUCUCUCUGGUGACCUCAGCAAACAAGGACUUUGCCUUCCGUCUGUACAAGAAGUUAUCAGAUCAUUCUGACUCUCAAGGCAAAAACAUCUUCUUCUCUCCAGCUAGCAUCUCUGCUGCCUUAGCUGCUCUGUCUGUGGGGGCGCGGGGGGAGACCCACCAGCAGCUAUUCAGUGCUCUGGGCUACAGCAGCUCCCAGCUUGCUCAGACAGAUGUAGACCAGGCCUUUCGUACGCUCCUUGCAAAUACAGCAGCUCAUAAUGACCUCACGAAAGGCUCGGCUGUGUUUGUGGACAAACUCUUCAAGCCAAAGCCGGAGUUUCUGGAUGUCCUGAAGCAGUCCUAUUCUGCAGAGGGCUUCAGUGUUGACUUUCUCAAUUCUACAGAGGCCGCCAAUACCAUCAAUCAGUAUGUAUCUGAUAAGACUAACGGGAAGAUAAACAAGCUGGUAGAAAGCCUGGAUCCAAACACAGUUAUGUACCUUCUCAGCUACAUCUACUACAAAGGAGAAUGGGAAAUUCCGUUUGUUCCUCGAGAUACCAGAGAAGAUGAUUUCAAUGUGGAAGAAAAGAAAAAGGUUCAGGUCCAGAUGAUGACAAUGGAAGAAGAUGUUAGUACUUAUAUCGACCAGGAAAUCCACACAUCAGUUCUCCACCUGCCCCUCAGGAACCUCUACUCCAUGCUGCUGCUCUUACCUGACAAUAUGACAAUGCUGGAGAACAAUAUCAGCCCUGCGCAUGUCAAUAAGUGGAUGAAGUCGAUGAAAAUAGGGGUAUGGAGAAUCUUUGUUCCCAAGUUUUCUAUCAAAACCUCCUCCGAGUUAAAUGACGUGCUGAAAGGGAUGGGAAUAACAGAUGUGUUUGGGGAUCAGGCGAAUCUGAGUGGCCUUGCAGAGGAAAAGAACCUGCUCGUUUCGGAGGUUGUGCACCAAGCCACGCUGGACGUAAAUGAGGCUGGAGUCUCUGCCUCUGCAGUUACUGGUAUUAAAGUGGUUUUACACUCCGGUACAUUUGGCCCCAUCCCAGAGUUGAAGUUCAACCGCCCUUUCAUGGUGAUCAUCACAGAGAGAAACGCAGAAAACAUUCUUUUUAUUGGCAAGAUUGUCAACCCAAUCAUCUGAGGAAAGAAAUCUUUUGUUGGUACAACCUGAAUACAAUGGAAAUACUUUGUUUGAUGUCUUGUUCCAAAUACAUAAACAAAUAUUUUCUGUUGUUUAAUAAAAAAAAAAAGACAUUG